CGUGAAUCAGUUCAAAUUCCGUAACUUUGCGCCGAUUCUCGAAAUAAAACUAACCGGGGAGAAUAGUCCCCGUAGAUUUUCUUCGCGCGAUCGAGAAAACAAGUUAAAAGAAAGCGUCGGGUCUGGGGAAAUCGUGAAAAUUACACCUGUAUUCUUUAUAUCAAUGUAACGUGCACGGACUUUAUAACACAUCAAGUAAAUUCGAAACAUCUUUUUUUACUGUAACUUUUUACUUCUUUUUGGAGAAAUUUUGGUUGUGCCCGAGGGAAACGUCGCGCUCCGGUGAUCAAAAGUUUCGCGAGCGAAUGUUUAGGUAACACGAGUGACGAAAAUGUGACAGCAGCGGUGUUGGAGGUAUAAAACGAAACUUUCUAAAAGAAAUGGACGGAUAAAAUAGUUUAAUUUAGGGAGAAUGGGUGAUCAACAACAUUCUCUGAAAAUUGUUCUUGUACUCGUCACGUUUUGGUUCUUUAUGGUUUUACCGUUACCGUCCAAUGAUACAGGUUACAGAUCGUCGGAGCAGACGACUUCAAACAGAACUAAGAGAAGCUACGAAACGAGACACAAACCGAUGGAAGGGCAAACGAAGGUCACACAACAAAAGGAAACGGCAAAGGAAAUUACUGGUGGUAGUGGGAAACCUGGAGUCUUUGCCACUGAAAAUUGCACAGUGGUGGUGGCACAAAUUGGUGGGACAGCAACUUUACCCUGCGUCGUGAGAAAAUUUAACAAUGGAGUCGUAUCUUGGAUCAGAAAAAACGAUUUGCACCUUCUCACAGUUGGUUUAACAACGUACAACGCUGACGAUAGAUUUAUGGUUGAACAUGUUCGUCAUCUCCAAAAUUGGGGAUUACUUAUUAAACAUGUCCAACCAUCAGAUGCAGGUCUUUAUGAGUGCCAAGUUUCCACACAUCCUCCUACAAGCAUUUUUUUGGAAUUAAAAGUGACUGAAGCAAUAGCUGAAAUUCAAGGUGCUCCAGAUCUUCAUUUAAGAGCUGGUUCAUUACUACGAUUGGUCUGCACUUUGAAGCAAUCAACCGAACCACCAGCUUAUUACUUUUGGUAUCACGAACAAAGAAUGAUCAACUACGAUCCGGGAGUACAAGUUUUACCGGAUACUUCUUCAAGCGUUCUUCUGAUAUCAGAAGCGGACAAAAGCCACAAUGGAAAUUAUACUUGCAAACCUUCUAAUACAGUACCAGCUUCAAUCAAUGUUCAUGUGUUAAAUGCAACAGUUGAAGAGAAACCGGCAGCAAUGCAACAUGCAAACGGAAGUUACAAGGUCGACAUUGCUACAAGUGCGAUGUUAACCAUCCUGGUUUUGCUUUUCAGCGUGUAUCCCAACACGUGAUUUUAAUUAAAAAAUAUCCUGUUUCAUAAAGCAGAUUGUGAUUCUAAAAAAAACUAAUACAGUUUAAACCCUAAAACAGUGUUUAUCGUGUAAAUAUGAAGUCGCGACAAGUGCGCGAUGAACUGUGUAUAAAACGAUGUGUAUGUACAUUCCGGUUUGCCAAAAAAAAAAUCAUAAAAUUAUAUCGUUGUAGUUUAUUUUUUAUUUAAAAGUGAAUAAAAUCUAACCUCUGAGA